UUCAAUAUAUUUGAUCGCCAGUGUCCGAGGUGUGUCUUUGCCUUUGGCUAGUCUGUGGCCAAGAGUAAGCCCAUUUAUAAUAAUAAUAAAAAAUGGGUAUGGUUUGAAAUACCCUUUUCCGAUUUAAAUGUGUUUUUGAAGUGAAACUUCUAAUAUGACUUCCAAGUCUUCUAACUGACAGCGCGUAACACUCAGUCAUUGUUACUUUGCGUGGAAUGCCGCUCACUCAGCGCGUAACAUUCUGUCUCAACGCGACUCACUCAUUCCAUUCAUUCACUUAUUCACUCAGUCAGUGACAGAACAGAAUACCCAGAAUAUUUUUGAAUGUUGGAAUGGUUGGUUAGAAUGUAUGUUUUAUAUUUAGACUGAGUGCAAAUUGAGUAUAUAAUUUGAGCAGAUAGCAAUUUAAAAUAUUUAAAACAGUAAAACAUUUGUCAUCUCACCUAAUAGAGACCUCAGGCAACCAGAGGGCUGGACAGUAUUUCGCGCAACGUAUAAGUAUCGCUAUACAGCGUGGAAAUGCCAAUUUUUUUAUUUAUAAGUAGGUUAGGUUUUUAGUUUUAAGUAGUUUCAUCAUGUUUUUAUUUGUUUGAUGUAUUUAUUAAAUAAAAAUUAUUAUAAUAAAACAAAAACAGUAAAAAGAUGCACGUAACUAAAACACAAAAACGUGAUGGCCACUUGACAAAAUGUUUUUGAGGUUAUGUUAGGAAGUUUCACUUUUUCCGCGCGGGGGGACUCCAUACACUGUUUUUAAUGCUUACAGGAUGUCGCUGAUAGUUUCAAAUAAAAGCCUCUUGGAAUUCGACUCCACGACCAUAGAAAACGUCAGAAAGGAGUUUGACUUACAUAAACCAGGAAUUAUGGACCAGGCGAUAGAUAUUUUGUAUGAUUGGAUUCAAAAACAGGAGCAUUUCCUGAAAAAGGACUUUUGUAGGGAGUAUUUAGAGCGUAAUAUCAUAUGUUGCAAGGGUUCAGUUGAACGCGCAAAGGCAAGAUUGGACAAAAUGUGCACUUUGCGCACGCAUGCACCAGAGUUGUUCUCAAAAACCAAUGUUAUGCAAGAAUUGGCAGAAGUUUCUAAGGCAUAUUUAAAUGUAUACAUGCCAAAACUGACUGAGAAAGAUAACUACAGACUGUACGUUAACAGAUAUCAAAAUGACGUCACUACAUCUUUACUUCUAGAUGUGUGCAGAUACAAUAUUAUUCUUGGGGAGUAUUUAAAAAGAAAUGACUACGCCAAUGGACUCAUAGUAGUCUUAGAUUGCAGACAAAUCAAUAUUAUGGACUUCGUCGCCCAAAUCAAUCUUGUCGACUUCAGUAACUUAGUUACGACUUACACGGAGGGUUUUGGUUUCCGAAUAAAGAAUAUAUUCGUCAUGUCCACAUCUAAACUUAUUAACUUGCUCACCAGCAUCAUGAAACAACUUUUCUCUGCUAAAAUCGGAGAACGUAUUGAGGUGCUCCAAACAAUAGAAGAUUUGCACAAUCGGGUCCCAAAAGAACUGUUGCCGAAAGAAUAUGGAGGCCAGCAGAAGACUUUGACGGAACUAUAUGACCAAUGGGUUGAAGAACUUUCCACCGAAGACUUCAUAGAAUAUUUGAAAGAGAUGAAACAAGCCGGUGUUAAUGAAAGUCUUCGGCCGAAAGAUGGACUGGGCAAUGAGUAUCUUGGAAUACCUGGAACGUUCAAAACGAUAAAUGUAGAUUAGGUAAUUUAAUAAAAUGCUAUAAAUAGCCUGGCUGAUAUGAGACAAAAUCGUCGUCAAGGGACUGGCCAUUAUGGGUGAUCUAUUCGUAGUAAUAAUUUCAAAUGACAAUACAUAAAAUAAAUAAUGCAUGUUCCUUUAAAUGGAUGUAAUUUUUAUUUAAAAUUGUAAUAUAACUCUAAUAGCUGUUGGUGUUCCUUGUAUAAAUAAAUAAAUACAAAACGAGAUGGCAGGAUCAUUAACACGCAUUUUAUUCAGAUUGGCAGGACUACAUAUAUUACAGGGAAUUAGAAGAAACGAGGGGAGGCAUUUGUCGAGUAGUGGGACACUAAAUUAGGCUACAUUCAAAAAGUCAUGCUAUAAUAGCAUACCACUAUGACACGUCGACAGCCACAUCAGGAAAGGGGGUGGUGAAAUUCUGAAGGUGACGAGUUAAGCACACGGGAAACAGGGGGUUCAAUAAUUAGUAUAUAUACUUUUUUUUUAUUUAAUUGCACCUAUUUGUAAACCACUUCUGAAUAAAGGAUAUAAAACAAUA